UUUUAGAUUUUUAGAAAAUGAUAUAAUGUUCGUUUGCAGUAAAUCAAACCCGAUUUUUAUAUUGAUUAUCAGUUUUUAUCCCAUGUGGUUAUAUUUGAUUUUAAAGAAUCAACACUGCCCACACAUGGAUUACAAACGGCACCAACAUGAACCGUGAGAUAAAUUAUUUGAAUAUUUGCUCAUGAUAAAGAGCAGAAUGCCAGAAGACGAUGCGUUUAUAGUAUACAGAUAUCUCAUACGUUUAUUGUAAAGUUAAAUGGUCGACUAUGCAGAUACGAAUUCUCACCUAUGUAUAUAAACCACAAGAUUUAGUAAAGUACAUUAUGAAUACAGGUAAUUUUAGGAUAUCAUCAUAAAAGACACACCUGUCAGCAAUGGAGAUCUUAAAAGUUGACAAUUUAACACUUAUUGUUAAAGUUGUUGGUGGUACCGUUUUAGCAACAGUAGUAUCAUGUCUGGUGUGGAAACGAAUCAGAAAGCCAGAAAAAAAAGAAUAUCCACGUGACACAGUCAUUCUGCAUCAAAUAAGCAGGGGACCAUUUGCACCAAGUAUUUCACAAUAUGUGAUGAAGUUAGAGACAUAUUUGCGGUUUGCAAAAAUACCUUACAUGAAUGUUCACGGUGCACAGAAAAGUAAAAAAGGAAAAUACCCAUGGAUUGAGUACAAUGGUCAAGAAUUAUCGGACACGGAGUUUAUAAUAGAAUUUCUAAAUGAAACAUUUAAAAUAGAUCUAAACGAAAAAAUUUCAGCGAAACAAAGGGGUGCAGCAAGGGCGUUUCAAAAAAUGUUGGAAGAGAACACAUUCUGGGCAGUAACUCUGGAUAGAUGGCUAUAUGACAGAAAGAGUAGUGGUUUUAGAUUAAUUGGAGUACCAUCUUGGAUUAUCUUUUUUCUUCGGCGAAAUGUUAAGAACACGACAUACGCUCAUGGUAUUGGAAGACACAGUCAAGAAGAAGUUUAUCACAUACUUGACACUGAUUUGCAUUCUCUGUCAGAUUUUAUUGGAACAAAUACAUUUUUACUUGGUGAUGAGCCCUGUCAGGAAGAUUGCGCUGUUUUCGGUCAGCUUUCUCAGAUUUACUGGCAUAGUUUCGGGAACAAGUGUUACACUUAUUUAAAAAAAUAUGAUAAUUUAUGUAAUUAUUGUGAAAGAAUGAAAGAAAGAUUUUGGCCAGACUGGGACCAAUGCAUUACAAAAGGAAUGACACAGAAAGCUACAAAGUAGAAGAAUGCAUAUACUCAAUUCUCUUCUGGUUUAAAUAUAAAGUAGACAUUAUGUAACUAUCAUGAACAAAAUACAUGCAUUAAAAUCUAAAUUAUU